CGGAGGCUGAACUUGAUGAACAGCAUUUCCCUGCACAGCAGCCCAAGCAGCAGCAGAUGUCCUGGGUUCUUUGCCAGGCCUCAGCCCAUUCUGCUGCCUGAACUUCCGAGUGAGCACUGAAUGCCAGAGGGCAGGCCUCGGUUGGGCGGCAGAGCCCAAGGGUGGUGCCGUACCCAGCACGCAGCCUAUGUCCUGCAGAGCCUGCCCUUCAAACUGCAGCAGUUGUGUCCAUGGGCUCAGCUGAUCAUCGACUGAACUUAGCAGAGAUCCUUUCACAGAACUAUGGUGUACGGGAAGAAAGGGAGGAGGAAGAUGAUACUCAGGAGAAGCAGAAAUCUUUAGAAGAGCUGGAGAAGAGCUUCAGUGCCCCUCAGCUGGUGUUGUGCUCGGUGAUUGUUCCCUUCCUGAUGAAGCUUUGUCCUCCUCUCGCUCAGAGCAGUGAAAUGCCAUUUGAGGAGCUGCUUGCACUUUAUGGCUAUGAGGCAUCUGAUCCCAUCUCGGAGCAGGACAGCGAGAGCAAUGAUAUUACUCCAAAUCUCCCAGAUAUGACUCUGGAUAAGGAACAAAUAGCGAAGGAUUUGCUUUCAGGGGAAGAAGAGGAGGAGACACAGUCUUCAGCUGACGACCUGACGCCAUCCGUCACAUCGCACGAUGCAUCGGACCUAUUCCCAAACCAGCCUGGCUCAAACAACUUCCUUGCUGAUGAAGACAAAGAGCCCUGUUCAUCUCCGUGUGCUUCCUCCAUGGCUGAGGAUUCGGAGGAGGAUUCCAUCCCAUCCAAUGAGUGUAAGAAGGAGAUCAUGGUUGGACCUCAGUACCAAGCCACUGUUCCCAUCCUCCACUUGAACAGGCAUGGGGAAAAAGUGCUUUUUCUGUUAGCCUAUGAGAAUGAAGAUCAGCUGCUUUGGGACCCAAACAUCCUCCCCGAGAGAGAGGUGGAGGAGUUCCUGUACCGCGCGGUGAAGCGGCAGUGGGACGAGCUGUCCAGCAGCAGCCUGCCAGAAGGAGAGAUGGUGAAGGACAACGAGCAGGCUUUGUACGAGCUGGUUAAAUGCAACUUCAAUGCAGAAGAGGCACUGCGGAGGCUACGGUUCAACGUGAAGGUCAUCAGAGAUGAGCUUUGUGCCUGGAGCGAGGAAGAAUGUAGGAAUUUUGAGCAUGGCUUCAGGGUCCAUGGGAAAAACUUCCACCUUAUCCAGGCAAACAAGGUCCGUACCCGGUCAGUGGGCGAGUGCGUGGAAUAUUACUACAUGUGGAAGAAGUCGGAGCGUUACGACUACUUCACUCAGCAGACACGUUUAGGAAGGAAGAAGUACGUCCUCCACCCUGGAGCCACGGAUUACACCGACAAUGACUUGGAUGGGGGUGAAGUUGAAAACUCCACUCGUCCUCGGAGCUCCCCUCCCAUUCCCUCUGGAACUGGCUGCCUGGAUUCCCACUUCAGUCAAGACCAGAUAGCAAUAGAGAGCACAGAGCCCCUGAGCGUGGAGAGCACUGCCUGCAGCCUGGGCAGCAUGAGCGAGUCGGGGCAGGGCUACGAGUGCAGCACUCCUUCGGAGACCAACUGCUCCUUCGACCCCCAGGAAGAGCCAUCCUCAGGCACCCCCUCGGCUCCCUGCCCUCGCCACCCCACCGCCAGCACCGAGCCGCGGCUCUUCCCUCUGCCCCCGGCGGCCCCGGCACAGGCGGAGAAGCAGGAGCCCUUGCAGAGCUCUGGUGGGACGCUAAGCAUGGACUUCCCUCUCCCUGCAGACAUUAAGGAGGCUUUGCCUUUAAUCGCUGGCCCUGUGGAUUUGGACAGAGAGCCAGAGGUGGCCCCUGCGCAAGUGUCCUUAUCGGUCACAGAGUUUGGCCUCAUCGGCAUCGGAGAUGUAAAUAGUUUCCUGAGUGCUCACCAGGCUUGUCCAGCUCCUGUGGCUCGGUCGGAGCCUUUGUCACAGUGAAAGGCUCCGCUCAUGGACUUGUCCCAGACCCAGCAAGGACUUUGAGCUGAUUUGACUGAAAUCCGGGAGCUUCCGCUGCUCCCCAGGGACAGUUUGGAGCUGUUGGUCAGAACCCGCCUUUCCAUCCUCCUUGAUCCAAGUGAAACCAAACACCUUUCUGCUCCAGUGUGUUCUGACACCAGCCCGCAAAGCUGGUGGCUGGCUGUGGUGAUGGGGGGGGGAGCUCGCUCACCCCCUCUUGCCUUGACCCUGUGUCACCCCAGGUAAUGCCAGGCUCGGAGAGUCCCUGCCUUGGGACAGGAGAAGUGGCCUUGGCCCCAGAGAUGCUUUGAGAGCAGGGAUGUGUCACCGGUGCCAUGGGGACCCGGGGCGCAGGAUGCAGUCUGCAGGUCCAAGAGCUUAGGACAUGCCCAGGAAGCACGUUCCAAGGGACAGGCAUGGCCAUGCCAGAGGAGGAGGAUGGAGGAGCCUUUGCCCUUCACCCACAGGUAGCGUGUUGCCGUGGAAUCAUCCUGCCCAUUCCCAUUGUGGGUCCUGGCACCCCAAUGGUGAUCUCUGCCCGCUGCUGUGUGUUCCUGCGGGUGGGAUGCAGCUGGAGGCCGGCCUCAGGUCCUGGCAAAGGGAUCCUGUGUGUGCUUAAGUCCUUCUCGCCUUCCCUUGCAGGGAAUUGUCCUGGGAGGAAAGGGAGUUUCUAGACACCCCCCCCAGAGCUAUGCCGCUUCGGUGCCCGGCAGUGAAGGACUUGAUCCUUGUGAGCCCUGCAGUGCAGGAGGGGAAAAUGCAGAUGGAAAGGUCUGGAACUUCCCAGCUCGUGCAGCCAUCCCAGCUGUGGGAGGAGGAAGAUGAGGAGGGCACCAAGUGUGGUGUCAGCAUGGAAUCCUGGGCAGGAGAGAGCAUCCCUGCCCCUAACUGCAGCACAGGGAAAGCUGUGUUCCAAGAGGAAAGUCUGUCUUUACUGCCAUUAGCAGUGCCCAGGGAGGUGACAACAGGGCUGUGCUGGAGGCUGGAGCCGCUUCGCUUCCCGGGUGUGUUCCAGGGCUUGGGUUUGCCACUGGCUUCAAUGCACGUGUUCUCCUUCCCUUUUUAUCCAUGCGGGAAUGCUGUCCGGCUGGCGCAGACCUUCCCUCCUCCAUUUGUUUUCCACAUUUGGGAAGGGGUUGAGGUUUUCUGCUCGCUUUGAUUGAGCCCUUUGAGCUGCCAUCAGUGGGUCUGGACGGUGACUAAACCCAUUAACCCGCAUCCUGUUGUCGCCAGCCCUGGGAGGUGGUGCUCAGCCCCGCGGGAGGGGGGGGAUGACAGGAUCAUACCUUGUGGCUCCUCUUCCAAGCCCCAGGCUGGUUUCAUGGGCAGGGCUUUGCUAUGAGGGGUGCUGAGCUCCAUCCAUCACCAUGUGAUAACCGGGCUCAAGGGGAAGGCAAACACGUGGAACCACCCGGCUCCGAGUCCUCUUUCCUGGCUGGAGAGGAAGCUCCUUGGAGGGAAGAGAAGCAGAGGGGAGGGCCAGACCUCGGCCUCUCCUCUCUGCCAGCCACAAACAGGCUUAGUUUUCCCCAAUCCCUUCUUUCUUUGGUUCAUUUCAAGCCCUCCCGAGGCAGGGAUCCCUUAUUUAUGUUCUUCAGUGCUGUUUACAGUCGCAUGGGCUCCUUCACCACCGGGGUCCUGCUUUUCCCACCCAUCUUCCAAAGGAGAGGAGGGCAGGAAAGGGCUGGGCCAGGGGGGAGGAAGCAGGGGUUUGGUGGGGUUUUCUUUCUCCUUUACAAAGCACAUUCACUUUGAGCCACUCCCGCUGCUGGACUCGUUCCCCCCCCAACCCCUACACUGUGAAGUGAAACUGCCUUGAAGCCCCCUCGCCGCUAUUUAUUUAAUUAAACCCCUCAUUUGAAAGUGA